ACGACGAAAGAUUAUAUUCCUUUGUGGAUGAAGAUGUUUCCAAGUUUAAUGUUAGCCUAAUGCUAUUUGACCUUUGUAUAGUUUUGUCUACAUAGUGUGUCACGCACUCAUAAGCAACUAGGCCAAUUUUUUACAAUUCCAUAUUUUGUUUAGAGCCUCUUUGGAAAAACCUCAUAGAGAGAGACAAUACCAUCUUAAAGUGUAUCACAAACUACGAAGACACUCGGACUCCAGACAGCGAUGAACCUGACGGCCAGCUUCUCGACUACAAUGACGGCCAGCCUGUCCAGCACAAUUACACUCGGUCAAUCUCUCCAGUUCAAUUAGCAAGCGACGACUUCUUCCUUUACUACACGAGAAAAGCUGUAAGCCGUUCUUCAAGUCACAGAAUCCUGUAUUGAGACUUAUCCGGGAACUUAUGGUGACACCGCUGACCAACUUUACCGGAUUGAGCUUGUAUUUUCAACUUUACCUCGUGGAAAUAUUUCAUGUGAAAUUUUUCACGAAAGUCGGUCAUUAUCUCUGCAUGCCACUAAUCGUUCUUCUAAUGGCGACGUGGUGUGCGCAGUGGCGUUUAGUUGGUGACUAUGGAUUUCAAGACGUCAGUGUAUUCAUUGUAAAUGGAACAUUCAUAUUUGUGUGCGUCCUUCAACUUUGGUAUUUUAUCUGGGGCUGUAUUUAUCAUAUGAAGUUAUUUGUGAUGUUAAUGGCCUGGCCGCUUUUCUUUAUAUAUUUACUGGCCAACAUGUUUUUUCAAAUCGCGGUUAUCAAUUCUUAUUGGCGGACGGACAACCUAACCGUUAAAGACGUUAAAGAGAUCUGUGGAGGAAAACGUGAACAUUGGCAUGAUGUCAUUACUUUGGCUCAUUUCCAUGUCCUUUGGUAUUUGAAUCCGCUUUACUGGGCUUUAUUCUUCUCCUUUUUGCAAGCGCUCAGUCAUGCUUUUGAGGACAAACUUCCCCCUCGCGUUUCUCAAACUGCACAUUGGUUGGAUUUGACAACAAUAUUGAAAAAAAAAGGAUUUGGUAAUUUCUGUUUCAUUAUUCUUUCACAGUCCUUUUUUGGAACUAUUAAUGAGUUUAUAGCCAGCCCUCGUCUUUUGCCGCUGCUUUUGCUUCGUAUUUGCUACAAUCUGGGUUACGAAGAAAAACAAUGGGUGAAAUUUAGAACUUUAGUUGACGAAUGCCUUAAAUUUGGUGACCCAGCAAUCGACUAUAUUGGGAGAGGUGGUGCGAAGUGGCCGAAAAAUUCAACGAGUCGAGUGCAGGUAUUUGUAGCAUUUAAUCGUAUAGAAGAAAGCAUAAAUAUGUUUCAACGGUGUCUUUGUGAGAAACAGAGGAGCAUUUUAAAUUAUCCAAUGUCUCAUCAGGAAAAUGAAUGUACCGACGAACUUAAGUCCUUCAUUUAUCUCAGACAUUGUCUGACAAAAUACAAGAUUCAGGCGGCAGCCUACGGGCCGUUCACACAUAAAGAUUCAGAAAAUCUUCAACUCAAUGAUGAUUUAAUGAUGAAAGACUUUCCAGAUAAUCCAGCUUUCAUAAAAUUUUUGAAAGAGGUAAGAUCGCAUUUCGCCGAAAUGGAGUAUAGGUUUGUGAUGGAUUGUAAACUGAAUCGAUUGUGAACGUCGUAGUAAAGGACAUUGUAUGGUCACGUUAUAUAUUCUAUUGUUUUUACUUAGUUAUUCUUCGUGAAACUUUAAAAUGAAAACUUUAUAAUGAAUUAUGUGCAAAUUUUUGACAACUUUCAUUUUCAAUCAUCGCGUCCCAUGAUUUUAGAUGCUUUCUCGAUUUAUUUGAUUCUAAAAAAGAUCUGUUCAUUGUAGUUGAAGAAAUUAAAUUAACAUAAUUAUAAAA